AGCGGUGAAAACGACACCAUUUGAACACCCGAAAUCACAGCUUUUCCGUGGAGACUCGAAUUAACAUAUACAGUAUCAGUGACACACUGACACUGUCGAGUCGUGUUUUUACUUUUUAGAAGAGGCGGAAACGGUGACCGCCACGCCAGGGCAGCUAAAGUGACAGCAUUCCCCCAAAAUGAGGGGCAAAUCGUCACCGUCGACGCUGACUCCACUGCAAAUGCUGAGCCCACCCGAACCGAAAUCAGAUUCUGCCAAAAGGGAAUUGCAGAUUGUCUCCACGUCACCCUUCAGACUUCCCGAUGAUUGGUUCGUUGAGUUUAAGACCCGUCGCAAUAACACCGCCUCCCCUGGCCGUGUCGACAAGUAUUAUCAUGAGCCUGGGACUGGACGGAUGUUUCGUUCUCUGAUAGCUGUUAAGAGAUAUCUAACAGAAGAGAAUCAAUACACACCUACACCUGAGACAGUGAAAGCAGGAAAUGAAAAUACUAUGCAAAUCGUGGUCUGCGCCAUCAAGAGCACCUCACACUUUAGGCUGCCUGAUGAUUGGGUCAUUGAAGAAAAGCCCCGUAGCAAUGCCAACUAUGCUGGUAUCAUUGACAAGGUUGAUCCUAUUGCUGCGAUUUGAAAGCGGUGGAGACUGGAGAGGGUUCUACUUUUUGCUGAUAAGCGCGUGGAUGGUUAAAAGUCAUUCUAUUUUUUAUUAUUAUUAUUUUUUGAUAGUUAAUUGAAUGUUUAGUAUGAAAGCAAGCAAGAAGUGAGUAAGCAAAUUAGAUUAUUUAAUUAAGUAAAAAAGAUACAUCUGGAGGAAACGUGAGUGGCCCAGAUUCAAAACUAAGUUGGUGUGUCUUACAGACUAGUAUGCAUAUGUGCUUACGCGCUCAAUACUAAUUCAAAGUGUAACUAUAUAACCUUCCUAUUUUCACACCCAUCAGUAGAUUAAGCAUUAAUUCUUGGGGUUCUAGAUGCCUCUGUACCUAGCUAGCUCAAAAGUCAAAACAAACGUUCUUUAUGUGUCAAAAGUUUCCAAGUAGAUAGAUGUAUCUAUCCAAAUUAUCAAAGAAUAUUCAAUAGUGAUUAAUAAUGAAAUGAGCUUCAUCUGUAUGUUACUUUGAAUGCGUGAAUUCCACUGCCCUUCCGUAUGGAAUCUUGUGUCAAAGCGUACGGUUUAUCCAAAUAGAGAAACAUCUCUUGCUAUUGGACUUUUUUUUUUUUUUUGAAGUGGAAGAAAAUAUCAUUAAAACCUGAAAGGAAUACACAGCAGGGCAGUAGGCCAAAUACAACACCACAGAGCAACAAACACAGCAGGCCAACAACAACACAACAGAGGGACAAUCACAGCAGGGCAUUAAGCCAAAUACAACAAGCCAUUUUGGACUAUCACAGACACAGCAGGGGGGGAAACCCCAUACCACAAGCAUGAAGAUUCACCACACCGCGCCAGCUGAGCAAGCUCAUGCGCUACAACAUUAAAAGCUCUAUUUACAUGCUUAAAAGAACAGAACUCAAAGGAUUCACGCAUGAGCUGAAUUCCUUGUAAUCUAUGGCCUAACUCAUUUCCUGUAGAGUUGAGGAUGUUAACUUUGAAUUUUAAUAUUUCUACUUGGAGAAGGGGCUAUUUGGUUGGCUUUUCUUCUUCUUCUUUAUUUUUUUUA